UUAUUUCUCCAUGGUCAAGAAGACCGUCUUAAAGGUUAAUAUCGAUUGUCUCAAAUGUAAAAGGAAGCUCCUCAAAACUGUCUCUUCCCUUCAAGGGGUAGAUAAAAUUGAAGCUGAUGAAGGGAAGGGUACGCUGACUGUGACAGGAGAUGCAGACCCAUAUGAAAUAAUAGUUCGCAUAAGAAAAGCUGGCAAACAUGCAGAAGUUCUGAGUAUUGGGCCUCCUCCGGCCCCUCCAAAACCCGAUGCUCAGAAGAAACCUGAUGAAAAGAAAAAGCCCGAUGAAAAGAAAAAGCCUGAUCCAAAUCCAACGAAUCUCGAUCAAAAAUCUAUUGUACCGUACAUGCAGAUGCCACAGUACUACCCACCACCAUGCCAACCGGUAGCGGUGGUGCAUAUGAACAGAUGGGAAGAGCCCAAUCCAUCUUGCACUAUAUUAUGA